AUGAAAGAAAUGAUUGUUGGGGCAUUUCUUUCGACUUUAUUUGGUGUGGUUCUUGAGAGGUUGGCUUCAAGUAAUUUAAUAGACUACUUCCGUAGAGUCAAACUUGACACGCUUGUGGACAAUCUUGAGUCUACACUCAAUUCUAUCAACCAAGUGUUGGAUGAUGCAGAAAAGAAGCAGUAUGAGAAUCCAGACGUGAAGACGUGGCUUGGUGAUGUCAAACAUGCUAUGUAUGAGGCUGACCAACUAUUAGAUGAGAUUGCCACUGAUGCACCAUUGAAGAAGAUGAGAAUCGAAUCUCAACCAUCUACCAGCAGUAUUUUCAACUUCAUUCCAACUUUUAUUAAUCCAUUUAAAUCUAGGCUCACUGAAUUGAUAGAGAACCUAGAUUAUCUUGCAGAGCAGAAGGAUAAGCUGCAACUGAAAAAAAGAGUGUGUGUUUAUAAUGAAGAUGGAGUCAAUUCAGAACUUUCAGAAAGACUACCAACUACAUAUUUGGUGGAUGCAUCCCAAAUAUAUGGUAGAGACGCUGAUAAAGAUGAAAUGAUCAAAUUUUUACUUUCAAAGAAUGCCAAUGAUAACCAGGUACCUGUGGUUAGCAUAGUGGGUUUAGGUGGAAUGGUGGGAGAGCAGAAUGGAUCUGAUCUUAAGGAGUUGGAGAAGCUGAACCAUCUUCAUGGAACAAUUUAUAUUAAAGGGUUGGGUAAAGUCAUUGAUCCUGCAGAUGCUGCAACAGCCAAUUUGAAAGAUAAGAAGUAUUUACAAGAAAUACAGAUGAUAUUUGAUGGAGGAAGAGAAGAAAUGGAUGGUUCAUUAGUUGAGAGGAAUGUUUUUGUCUUGAAGGCCCUUCAACCAAAUAGCAACUUGAAGAGACUCACCAUUGAGAACUACAAUGGCAAUAUGUUUCCAAAUUGGCUAAGGGAUUUUCAUUUAUCCAACUUAAUAUCUCUUAAACUGCAGAACUGUGGAUUAUGUUCCCAUUUGCCACCACUUGGGCAGCUCCCAUUUCUCAAAGAGCUUUCCAUUUCAGGCUGUAAAGGAAUAAAGAUCAUCGGCCAAGAGUUUUACGGAAAUAACUCAACAAACGUUCCGUUCAAGUCCCUAGAAGUUUUGGAAUUAAAGAGUAUGAUCAAUUGGGAGGAAUGGUUUUGCCUUGAAGGGUUUCCUUUGCUUAAAAAUCUUAAUAUAAGAUACUGUCCCAAAUUGAAAAGGGCCCUGCCUCAACAUCUUCCUUCUUUACUUUCAUUGGAGAUUUAUGAUUGUGAAGAGUUGGAGGCAUCAACUCCUGAGGGCGGUUUACCUUCCAACUUGAGGGAUCUAAAAAUAGUUAAUUGCCCAAAACUGAUUGCUUCGAGAGAGGAGUUGGGUUUGUUCCAACUCAAUUCUCUGGAAUGGUUUAAAGUGGGUGAUAAGUUUGAAAACGUGGAGUCCUUCCCAGAAGAAAAUCUGCUGCCUCCAACUCUUAAGUUUCUCUAUUUGUACGACUGUUCAAAGUUAGGAAUAAUAAACUACAAGGGUCUACCCAACUCCCUUCAAUCUUUGAGCUCCAAGAGGUGUCCAUUACUUAAGGAGCAGUUCCAAAAGGAGGAAGGAGAGUCCUGGCAUAGAAUUAGUCACAUCCGUUACGUGGAGUUUGGGUGA